UGAGAAAUCGAAGAAAUGUCCGCCGGCGAACGGAUAUGAACAAAUUACACAUCGAAGUAAGCCGCGAUAACUGUGAUAGAAUUUCCGUGGACAACAUGUCUACUUGUUCUUCAAACGAUUCCUUUUGUGUUGAAAGUGAAGGAGACAACUUGAAAAAUACGGUUGUUACAGGGAAGAACGAUUUCAACAAGCCGAAAACAGUGCCUCCUGUUGCUUUAGACUGCGAAAUGGUUGGCGUCGGCGACGAGAAGACAAGUGCUUUGGCGAGAUGUAGCAUCGUGAACUAUGAUGGUGAAGUUGUAUACGACGUGUAUGUGAAACCCGACAAACCCAUCACGGAUUAUAGAACACAAUGGAGUGGUAUCCGCCCCAAACACAUGAACAACGCGAUAACCUUUCGCUCAGCAAGAAAGAAAGUUAAACGGCUUAUCAAGAAACGCAUACUUGUAGGGCAUGCUUUACAGUUUGAUUUGAAAGUACUGAAUUUGAGACACCCCUCCGAUCUCAUCAGGGACACAUCAAAACAUAUACCAUUGCGCGCCUUAGCCGGGUUUCCCCGGAACUCUACGCCUUCGCUAAAACGCCUGACUAGACAGUUGUUGAAGUGGGAUAUUCAGGUGAACGAACACAGUUCUGUUGAAGAUGCUAGAGCUGCGAUGUAUUUGUAUAAGAAGUGCGAAGCGCAGUGGGAAAAAGGCAUAAGAGGGAAGGGUGGACAGUCUUAUCUAGAGGAUGCUUAUUGGCCAAACUGGACGGAGACUGUGAAUUAAUGACAAUAUUGCCCGUCAAUUAGAAAAUAAUGACUCAAUAUUUUUUAAUAAUAUGUCAAUGUCAAAUCAAUAUGCUGUAAUAGUUUUUGAAUACCGUAGUCUGGGGCAAUGCUUUUUGUUGGUGACUGAGGUAACCCACGUUUAUCAUAUCACUGUAAGUCCCCAGUCAUGCUUUCUUUUGGCCAGAUGGGUUGACUUCUGCCAGUCUAGAAAAAGUCAUCUGGUCCUGCAGAUGUCAACAAUUCAUUUAGCACAUGCAACGUUGCCUGUGUAGGCAACAAGUUUAUAUAUCCCCAGAUUACUGAAAUGUCAGUAACCAGGAAAAAUCUUUCUCAAGACAAAUCUCUGUGGACAAUUAGAAUUGAUGGAGUGCCAGUAGUCCUUGGCUCAAAAAAAAACUUCCUUAAUAAAACUGAUUCCCGCCUUCU